UCUUCGAUAUAUGCUCAUAGAACCGGCCUAGCCUGCAGUUCCAACCUCUAGCAUUUACCUACCUCAAUGCCCUGCCAUAUUUCAUUCCCCACCCAUCAUAACUACACCUGUGUCUGAAUAUGUUCUAAUGUUUCUUCUUAUUGAUUUCCCAGAAUAUGGAGCAAACUCAUUAUAAGAUAAAAAAAUAGCUGUACGAUGAAAGAAGCUUCAAUUUUUCCCGGGUCCCUACCCCAGCCCCUGGGACACUGUCCAUCCACUUUAGGUAUGAUAAUAGAGGCCGCUCAACUUCUCCCAACCGCACACCACUAUCCCCCGCCCGAAAGCAUUCCUGGGCAAGAUUAGAUAAGAUCCUGCGAUAGACCCCGCCUGCCACAGAGCCGCCCCCGUGCACUUCAACCAGAAGCACCAUCAGUCGCCUGGCCAGCUUUCCAACACCUUCAAUUGCAGUCGUCUUGCAUACCCACCUCGUUCUCUACUACCCACCAGUUCAACGUGAAUUAUACGGAAAAGAGGUUUACGGAAGAAGAGUCACCCCUCCUCACAAACGUGUAUUGUACCAUCCUACCGACACUUCAUAUCCUGUUUCUCCUCAAUAACUUCCCACUGCAGUAUUCCACCGAAUAGUAUUUAUCCGUCUUCUAAUACUAUCCUCCGCUACUCCCCCCUUCCUCCUCUCCUAUCCCCCUCCCCGCCAGAUAUACAACCACUCUACUCCUAUACACCGCCCUCCCUCUCCCAGAAAGCCUCUAACCCCCACGACACCCACCCCGGCUUCAAAUAGUUUUGAAUCCCGACCACCCGCACCCGGAACCAACAAAUAUGGCGACCCGUCGACGGAUUCUAAAAGAGUUGGACGACAUGGCGAAGGAUACUACCAGCGGAAUGCAUGCCACACCUGUGGACGUUGCGGAUAUGACACACUUGCAGGGUCGUUUCGCCGGACCUCCCGGGACCCCAUAUGAAGGAGGAGAAUUUAUCGUGGACAUCAAACUCCCGGAUAACUACCCUUUCAUGCCACCGCGCAUGAAGUUCAUCACAAAGAUCUGGCAUCCUAAUGUCUCUUCUCAAACUGUGCCUUCCUCCCCCCCUAUCCCCCUCCGACCCCUUGCCUAAGCACGACUAGCGAUACUAAAAAUCUUGAACCUAGGGAGCUAUCUGCCUCGACACCCUCUCGCAAAAAUGGUCCCCAGUCCUAACCAUCAAGACGGCCCUCCUCUCACUACAGUCCCUUCUCGACGCCCCGGAACCCACAGACCCACAAGACGCAGAAGUUGCACAGCAGAUGAUCAAGAACCCCGCCGCCUUCCGAGUCAAAGCCCAGGAAUGGGCCCAUCGCUUCGCUGGAGCGCCAAAAGCGGAAGCACCGGUAGUCGACCUGACGGCUAAUCCCCCCGGCAACACCGCCGCCGCCUCCUCCGCUUCUCCCGUCGGCAGCAAUGCGGCAAAACCCCCACCGCCGGCCGUGCCGUCGGCCAGCGAGGAGCAGAGGAGACUCCAGGAGUACGCUGGCUUCCCACCCAUCGUCAUAGAGCGGUUCACGCCUAUGGGCUUCCCUAUAUCGAGCAUCGUGCGCGCGCUCGAGCAUGCUGGUGUCCGCAGGGGUAGGAACAUAUCGGAUAUGGAGGCGGAAAGGAUCGUGGAGCUUUUGCUGCAUUAAUGUUUAAAUUUUAAUAUUUUUUUUCCUAUUUUCCUUUUUAUUUUCGUUGAUGAGAAAAGCCCCAAAUCUUAAAAAAAAAAAAAUCGAAAUAAAUCGAAAAAGAAUACUAAAUUUCUUGUUACUCUAUUGUCCUUUUACAUUUACCAUUUAUCCCCCUUCCAUCUCUGGACUUCCUUUUUAUCUUUUCUCUAUUCCCCUGAUAUCAAGAUACCGAUUUGUUUACUUCCCUCCUCUCUUUCACCUACGAGAUAGGAACCCAGCUAGCCGACCAACUCAAGAAACGAACAAAGCGAGAAAACCACAAUGUAUAGUCCCUAAAAAGCAAUACUUCCAACCCCCAAUCUACGGACAAAUUUCUUUUUCCUUUCCCUCUCUCUGUUUACUAGCCGUUUUCAAAAGUAUUCGGAGGGCUUGGCAUCUUUUUCGCCUGUCUUGGAGCCAAGGCAUCCGGAUACUUUUGAAAACGGCAGUUUUGUUUUUCUUCCCUUUCUCUCCCCCGCUAUCGAUUCUGCUGUACCAGUAUGGUAGGUCCCUCCCCCGGUACUUGCAUAAUAUGAUGCGAACCGCACACUCUUAGCUACUGCCACCCUAGCUAGACUAGAAACGGCACGUCUCACUUUGUUGUUCGCAAUACCAGUAACAGGGAUUGCAGAGAUAAUUUUCGUUUUUUUCAGAAAACUUUGACAAAGU